AUGUCCAAGUCGCUGCCGCCGCCGCGGCGGCAGGCGUACCGAGCCAGCAUGUCGACCCCGCCGCGCACCCCGCCGUUGUCGAACGAUACGACAUUGCCGCCGGGGCCUCCGUCGGUAGCAGGCUCGAGCGCAAGCGGCGUGGAUGCCCUGUCCUCCACCGACAUGGAGUCUCAUCUUGCUGCGUUUGAAAGCCUAGGUCCACCAGGCGCUUCACGACGACCCACGCGCCGUGUGCGCAGCAUUGAGCGUACUUGGCAGUGGGUGAAAUCACGCUCGUCCGUGUAUGGCGAGGCCAGUCUGCUCGACCCGACAGACGAAGAGGGCACGUCUCCUACUUCAACACUCGUCGUCGACAACCCGGGACCCUCUCGCCCCCUCACCGUCGCUGCCAUGGGCGCCUCAUCCGAGCUCUCGCCGACGACCGCGUCGGUGACGCGCCGACAGUCGGCAGCGGACAUUGACCCCGAAGAGCGGCGGAGGAGGAGGCAAGGCCUGACACCAGAAUCUGGUCUCCGCCCGCCACCGCGGCCACGUCCCGCGUCCCGCUCCUUCACCACUCCUCCCGCCGGCGCCAGCUCUGGGGCCAGUCUCAGCUCGAGCGCAAGCAACGGUAGCAGCAGCGGCGUCAACGUCUCGGCGCGCCAUAAUACCACCAUGAUGCCUGCAACCCGGGACCGUCCCCGACCUCUGCCCAUCAUCCCUCCCAAACCCGGGACAAAGGUGUUUCCAGGCGCCGUCCCUUCGAUCCACGACAUUGUCAAGCGGCAUUCCACCGCCGUCGCGCUCGCAGAGGAAGGAGUCAAGGACCGUGCGCGCGCCGAACUCGCGUCGCACCCCGAUAUUCUGCUGGCGGCGGCCCGCGAGAGGAGAGCAAGUAUCAAAACCCGGUCCUCGCCCCUAUCGACGUCGCCGACCCGCGCACCGGCGGUUUCGCCACCCAGUCCACAAAAGAAUACCAAGACCAAAGCGUCCUCGUCGUCGCCGUCCCAUCGUCGCGAACCCAGCAGCCAUGGGACAUUGACCGAUGCGAGCGAUACAGACUCUGUGGUGCGCGAAAUCCGGCUGGCACAGGCAGCGUACGACCACCUCACUCCCAAAUCGUCCACACCGGCCAACGCGCCCGUCACCCCUGUGCAGCAGCUGGCCCCGGCGCCCACUCCUCCUCCGACAGCCACGCCGACGCCCAGCGCGACAGCCUUCGCGCCACAGGCACGCAGCAUGUUGUCGUCGCCUACGCCGGACCAGUCGCCGCGCUCAAAGUACUAUCGGGGCGAGCGUGAUCGCGACCGCGUCACGGCGGCGAGUCCCGACCCAGAGCAGAUGGCACGUAAUCGCUCGACCACCUCGAUUGUGCGCCCCAAGAGCGCGUCACCGUUGCCCCCAGACGACGAGGCGCAUGCCAUGGCUCUGUACCUUCGGUCAGCCCAGCUCAACCGGAUCAUCCUCAUUCCGCGUCCCUAUCCCGAACGGCCGUUGCAGGUCUCGUUCGCCGACCUGGGCAAGCCCGACGGCCGGCCCGUGGUCGUGUUCCUCGGCCUCGGCUGUGUCCGCUACCUCGUCGCGCUGUACGAUGACCUCGCGCGCGCGCUGGGUCUCCGUCUCAUCUGCAUCGACCGCUGGGGUCUGGGAAAGACGGGCCAGGUACCCCAGAACCAGCGUGGUCUGCUUGACUGGGCCGAUGUGGUGCGCCAUGUCCUCGACGAGCUCGGUGUCGAGCGUUUCCAGAUUAUCGCACACAGUGCCGGCGCGCCAUAUGCGCUUGCCACAGUGCUCAAGAUGGAAUCGCGCGUCCACGGCAAGAUCCACCUCCUUGCACCAUGGGUCGGAGGAGACCCAGAGGGCUACAAGUGGCUCAAGUGGGUGCCCAACACGGUCAUCAAGUCGGCGCUCGCGGCCGAGUGGCGCCUCGAAUCGUACUUUUUGGGCAAGGCGCCGACCAUCAAGCCCGUGCGCGGCAAGCCCGAGGCCAUGAUGAGCUCGACGAGUCUCGACUCGGACGGAUCGCGUUCCCGGACGUCGUUUGCACAGGACAACCGCCCGGAGAGCCGCACAGCCGACAACGGGCCCGACGGGUUCGGCACCCUCGGCAACGACUAUGUCCACUUGCCCUCGCAGUGGUCUGGGUCCGGCACCGCGUCGUCGACCGUCACCUCUGUCUCGUCGUCGCCGGGCUUUCCGCAAGCGCUGCUGCAGGCGUCCCACGCCGAAAGCCUGUCGGGCACCACGGCCGACCUCCUGUCCGUGGUCCUUGGACGCGACGCCAAGCCGUGGGGAUUCAGCUACACCGAUAUCCGCCACCCGUGCAAGAUCUGGUACGGCGCCGACGACGACCGCGUGUCUGAAAAGAGCAUGCGGUGGAUGGAGCGCGCGAUGGACGCCGAGCUCAUCGUCGUCCAGGAGGAAGGGCACAACCUCAUGAGCUCCCGCAUCGUCAUGUUUGACGUGCUGGACAGUCUUGCCGAGGACAUCUAG